GUGUCUGCAAACCAGCAACAACCCUUUCACCCACAUUGAAAAAGAACCUAAUAAAACAGAAGCAAACUCCAGCCCAGGUUGGAACUCUCACUCCCAAAGGGAUGUGUUUUACAGCUCUGCGGCCUGCGUAGGACUUGAACCGUGACUACACAGGAAGGGUGUGACUGGACAUAUCAGCAGUGGCCUGGGCAGAGGUAGCCGUGAUGGGGACUUCAACGUGUCUGUACCACUUCAUUCUCUUGAACUGGUACAUUUUCCUCAAUUAUUACAUCCCGCAGCUUGGAGCUAUCUUUCAAGAUGGUGCACAGUCGAAGUACUUGACUCUCCUCAAUCUGCUCUUGCAGGCUGUUUUCUUCGGGGUCGCCUUCCUGGAUGAUGUGCUGAAAAGAAUCAAAAAGAGGAAAGACAUCAAGUUCAUCACUGCCUUCAGAGACCUGUUUUUUGCCACCUUGGCUUUUCCAAUCGGCACAUUUGUGUUUCUGGCAUUCUGGACCAUAUAUCUCUAUGAUCGAGAGCUUAUUUACCCCAAGACCCUGGAUGGCAUUUUUCCAGUGUGGGUGAAUCACGCAAUGCACUCUUUCAUAUUAUUAUUCUUGUUGAUUGAAAUCAUCCUCAGACCUCAUCAUUAUCCAUCGAAGACGACAGGAUUCAUCCUAUUGGCUGUGGGUAGCAUUGGUUACAUCUGGAGGAUCCUGUGGUUGUACUCAAAGACAGGUCACUGGGUGUAUCCUGUGUUGGAAAAACUCAGCCCUGUGGGCCUCGCAGCCUUUUUCUUUCUCAGCUACAUCUCGACUGUCAGCUUCUUCCUACUUGGAGAGAGGCUCAACCACUGGAAAUGGGGUGAGAACUUGCAGGACACAAGCUGUUAAAAUGAUGUGGACUUCCUUUUUGAAGGAAAUGGAUCCAGGUAACAGGAUGCUCCGGACGGUGAAAAUGGAGUGAUCAUGUGCUAUUCUCCAACACCUGGGAAGGAAGAAAAAGCAACACUUUUUCUCUCUCUCAUCUUCUCUUAUUAUUUCUUUUAAUAAGGAGGAGGCAGUAGAAUGAUGUAAGAAAGUAGACAAGGACAGAGGGCGAUAUUUAAACUUAAUGAGAGGUUAUAAGUAGCUUUAUUUGGAGAUUCCUGAUGAAAUGUUGAUGGUACACAUCCAAAACAAUUCGUGCUGUCUCAAAACUUGUGACCUGUGUCUGAUUUCCCCGAGAGUGGCUUUUGGUCAAAAUCUAGCCAAAGGCUAAGGAAGCUCACAUAGUCUUGGUGUCAGAGAGAAUAUUUAAAGAGGGAGAGAGAGAAACUUAGAAGUCCGAAGGAGGAUUGGUGAGAAUCCAAAGGAGAAGUUAAUGCAUCGAAGUUAAGUCAAAAUAAAAAUGGUAACUUCAGUCUCUCAGGUUUCCUAACUCUAGUUCUGAGCCAAUUUAAAAAAUUAGCCUAACUUUCUUUUAAAAAAAAAAUAAGUAUUUAUUAAUCUAGUUAUUUGCAUACAUUUCUCAUCCAUUAUCUUUUCUUGAUUUAAAAAUGUAGGCAGUAGACACUACUGAAGUUUUUGAGCUACUUGGUACGACAGCAGAUGAAUUGGGUCAGCAAAAGAACACGUUAUGAAAACAUUGGGAAAUCUGUCCUUUGAAGGGAUAAGCAUCUGGAUCAGAUAUGAACAGUGAGCAUAAUGACAUUGUUAAAAUCUCUUCCAAUCAGAUAUUGAUUAAUUCCUCAAUAAAAUUGUGCAUUACAACUUA